AUGGCUUCCCAUCAAGCCUUUUCAUCCUUCUUAUUCCUUCUCUGUCUACUUCAAUCCAUUGGAGUCGGUUACUCGGCGACGUUCACGAUCACAAACAAGUGCACCAACACCAUAUGGCCGGGCAUUUUGUCGAAUGCAGGGACGGACCAGCUACCCACUACUGGAUUCGCCUUGGGUCCUGGAGAGUCUAACAUGUUCUCUGUUCCCACCUCGUGGUCGGGUAGGUUAUGGGGGCGGACGCUCUGCUCCCAGGACUCAACCACCGGAAAGUUCACUUGUGUGACAGGCGACUGCGGAUCUUCUGCGGUCGAAUGUGCCGGCAGGGGAGCCGCUCCGCCUGCUACUCUCGCGGAGUUCACAUUGAACGGCGCGGGCGGGCUGGACUUCUACGACGUGAGUUUGGUCGACGGGUAUAAUCUCCCCAUGUUGGUGGUGGCUGAGGGCGGGACCGGAGGGAACUGCACUACCACCGGGUGCGUGGUGGACUUGAACGCCGGGUGCCCCUCGGAGCUGAAGGUGACAGCGAGUGACGAGGGCGUGGCUUGUAAAAGCGCGUGCGAGGCGUUCGGGGACCCUCAAUACUGCUGUAGUGGGGCCUACGCCACGCCGGACACAUGCAAGCCGAGUUCUUACUCGCAGUUUUUUAAGACUGCGUGCCCGAAAGCUUACAGCUAUGCUUACGAUGACGGCACCAGCACCUUCACCUGUGCUUCCGCUAAUUAUAUCAUCACUUUCUGCCCUGCUCUUUCAACAAGUGUGAAAUCGUCGAAUGGGCAGGUCCCUGGUGCAGUCGAUGUCUCAGCUAGUUUACGUAAUACGAUGCCCAACUUCGUCGUUAUGGCCGUCACUGUUAUGGCGGCAGCUUGGCGGUUGCUGCCGCUAUUUUGAUUCUCUGUAGCAGAUUUCACACUAAAAAUAUCUCAUCGGAGAUCCGACCUAACAGUUCGACUGUCGAGAUUACGUGGUGGACCCAAACACCUUGACAUUUUCUGGAAGCCGACGCAGGAGGAAAUGGGCCCCACGAUUCCAUCGGAGGUUACAACUUUGCAUUUGGGUUUAUACGGCGUCGAGCAAAGCCUAUGGUCCCAUGUGAUGAUGUGAUCCACGUCGUCUGAUUAUAAAAGGACAAAUCAUGAGCGUUGCUUUUGCCGCCACAAUCACGAAGGGUUUUCCAUUUGUGUUUUCUUAAUUAUUCUCGAUUUUCGGAUUUUAGAUUGUGAGGUAAAUAAUUAUAUAGUAGAGGAGCAGAUAUAAUUAGUAGCUGGAAAUGUAAUUCUUUUGCUGCUACAUCCAACAAUAUGGGUUAAUGUUCUUUUUUUUUAAUAUGUUAUAUGAGUUGGUAUUUUAACUUUUAUUAUUUUUCUUUUGUUCGUGGCGUUGAUGUGACUUCCAAAUUGCUUUAUCAGAAGUUGACUGCAUAUAUGCCUUAA